AGCAGAACUCUAAGGCUCUGCCCUCUGACAGGGUGUGUUGAUCACAUGAUUUACAGGCAAGCCCCAGAACACAGUUGUGUAACGCCAUAGACUCACAUUUCCGUCUACAGGCAACAAAGAGCUGCGACACCAGCAGUGAAGCUCAGCUGGUUUAGGACAUAUUUUCAUCAAAGUGCAAGUUUAAGAAAACACAGACAGCAGAAAAACUAGCUCUGUUUUCGUAAACUUGUACUUUGCUGAACACACGUCUUGACGAGCUGCACAAGAUGAUGAUUUCCCCAGAUGCAGAAAACAAGUGUCACCAAGUUAUAUCUGAAUUAACUGGGAUCUACACAGAAGCAGGGUGCGGGUACCUUGCUAUAACUGGAGGCAUUGUAAAUAAAUAUUCUGGUACAUUAAUUCCCCUUGUGAAACCGAAGAGCUAUCAUGUCAGAGUGUGUGGGCAGGAUGACACAGUAUACGCUGGAAAUGAAGAUCAGCUGGAAGCCUGGGAAGACCACUACCUGUCAGAGAGGAUGAAGAUGACGGUGAUCGGUGCCAUCGAUGACUUCCCGUGUGAGGCGUUCGCCCGCCAGUUGGUGCUCUUGCUGUGUGAAGAUGGAAACAUUUACGCCUAUGAAGAUGAAGUUCUGCACCUCGUCGCCGAGAGUUUAAAGGAUCUGUUUGAAAAUGGGAUGACCUUCCCUGGAAUUGAAUCCUACAACCUUGGGGAAUGUUUUGAGGAAUACACGGAAGAGGAAUACAACGAAUUGAUGGAAUGCAGUGAAAUGAAGGAGAUGAGAGAGGCACACGAGAAAUUCAGAGAAUCCUUGGGGCUUGAGCUGCUGGAGUGUAUAGAGGAUUUGGAAAAAAGGCAAAUUAAGACGGAGAAAGAAGUUGAGGAACAUGCAGAACAUCCCAGCAACACGUCACACAGAACAGAAUGUUUGGAGAUCGUUUCUCGGCCAUCCAUGACAGUUGUUCCGUGUUCUUCACUGCACCAACACUAUUAUUCAUGCGCACCUACUAGACACAUUUUUUGUCACAACAAUCAGAACUGCGAAGUGGCAUGUGCAGGUUUAUAGAAGUGUGCAUAUGCCAUAUUUGUGAUAUGGCUGUUGAAUAAGCUAAAAAUGCACUGCUGUACUGUGGGGCCCUAAUUAAGAUAUUAGGGAUCAAUAUAUGUUAUAAUACCCAUAUAUUAGUACAUUUGGCCAUAUAUGAGCGAGUUCAUUGAGUUCAGUUAAAACUCUGUCUGCUCUUCCUCAGUAAGGCCCAGUCUGUACCAGGCUGCUGUGAACUGAGGGGGAGACAGAUAAGAAAUAUGCUUAUCAUACCAGGUGUCUCAAGAGGCCCAAGCUCCCACGGGAAAAGCUGGGCAGGAGAAGGAAAGGUGGAACCAAAAGCCCCCACCUUUGUUCACCCAAAUACUGUAUAAAAGUGUGUGUAUUCCUCUGUAUCAUCAGAAGACUGAAGCUUGUACCAUCAGAAGACUGAAUCCUUCUGACUGAAUCUGGCUGACUUCAAGACAAUAAAAGAUUAACUUAGAACUUC